GCAGGAGCUACAGUACCAAUGGUUAACUGUGCUUCGGACAAAGUAGUUCAUAUGUUCAAGUGGAAUAUCGCUCCAAAGAUGGAUAUUGUAUUGCAACAGUUGACCUUCAUUUGUCAACAUUACAAUGUCCAAAACAAACCAGAUUAUAUGCGCGCAGUCAAGAAAAUAUACAAACACCUGAAUCAAUUUAGAGAUGAAGUUGCAAAAUUCCAAAAUACACUGGGAAACAAUGCAAUGGUAUGGACUGGUUCUGACUUUGAAUUACCCAGGAAAGUCAUCAUUACAAAACGAGAACAAGAUUUAGAUCUAACGCCAUACUAUUGUAAUUUACCUGAAGAGAUCCGGGAUAUGGAUGAUUUGUUUCUUCAAUUAGGAUGCCAUCCUGAAGAAAACAGUGAUAUUUUAUUAAAUGUUUUACAAAGCAUUAAGUUGAAGUAUGAAUCUUCCACUGAAUCAACCGAAUCCUCUUUGUCGAGGGACUUAGAUAUUGUACUUGAAAUUUUAAAAGUACUUGCAUCAAGACGGAGAGAUGGAACUCUUGAUAUUAAUGAGUCAAGACUACUCAUGUUAGUGGAUAGCCAGUCGUUAGGGAAACUUUCAUUACAAUAUAUUCCUGACUGUAUAUUUGAUGGUGAUCAGGACGAACUUGAUCAAGAGGAACAGAAAAUAUUUCAUAUUGUCAAUGAAGUCGUACCAGAACAUAUUGCUAGAGAACUUGGAGUUAAGUCUGUGAAGAGAAAAACAAUUUUAGGGGCGACUGAAGAGUUCAGUUUUGAAGAAUGUGGACAACAUGAGUCACUUACAACAAGAAUUAAUACGUUGUUAAAGGAUGGAUACAAAGAUGGUUUAUCCGUUCCAAAAGAGGUUGUUCAAAAUGCAGAUGAUGCCGGUGCAACAGUAGUAAAAUUUCUGUACGACGAAAGACAUAAUAAUGAUGCAAAGAGGAAGGAGAAACUAUUUAGUUCAUACCUAAAAGAAUGCCAGGGUCCCGCCUUAUGGGUGUAUAAUGAUUCUCAGUUUACAGAAAAGGACCUAGAGAAUAUUACAAAAUUAAAUGGUGCGACAAAAGCUGAUGAUCUGGACAAGAUAGGAAAAUUUGGACUUGGAUUUUGUUCUGUCUACAACCUUACGGACGUUCCUAGUUUCAUCUCGGGAAAAGACAUGGUCAUAUUCGACCCUCACGAGACGUAUUUAGAGGAGGCAAGACAGACACGUGGAACAGGAUUGCGGGUCAGAUUAUCAAAGCGAAAUUUGAUUCGACGUCAUUUUGACCAGUUCAAGCCUUACAAUGCUAUAUUUGGUUGUAAUGUAUUGGAAGCAAAUUUUACUGACUUCAGUGGUACUUUGUUUAGGCUGCCAUUGCGAACAGAAAACCAAGCAACAAAAAGCAAAAUUUGUGACGAAGCAUACACAAAAGAAGAAGUGUCGUCUCUCUUAAGUAAACUUGUAGAAAAUGCCGGAAAUCUGAUUUUAUUCACACAAAACGUAAAGACAUUACAGAUUUAUUACCUUUCGAAAGAUGAAACAGAUCCUUCCCGAGCAAAGCUUCUCUUCAACAUUAACAAAGAAAUUGAACAAAACGCCCACGAUGAAACUGCUAGAUAUACACAGAGCAUCUUAAAACGUAUACCUACUAUUCUUAAAAGUAACAAGGACUUUUCUGAAAUUCAGCAUAUUCAAAUAAGUCAGAAACUGUUUGAAAACUCAUUUCUGAAAUCUACCUCUAAAGUGUCCAAUUCGGUAUCAGUUGAAACAAAAUGGAUAGUUUCUUGGGCUCUAGGGAAAAAUGAGUCUCUUAGGCUUUCAAAAAGGAUUUCGGAAAAGGGAGCAGUUCCACUGUCUGCUGUUGCCGUACCAAUGAGAGAUAAAGCCGACACAAUACCUCUGAUGCUAGAUGAUGUUCCGAUUGGCUUUUACAAAAAAGGACAUUUAUUUUGUUUCCUACCACUUCCAAUCACAACAAGUUUACCAGUGUAUGUAAAUGGCUGUUUUAGUGUUACUUCAGAUAGAAGAGGUCUGUCAUGCUUAACAGAAGAUGAUAAAAAGAAAGGGGAUAACUAUAUAUGGAACGAAGCGUUAAUGGAAGAUUCCUUGGUGCAAAGUUAUGUAGAGCUCUUGUUGUUUCUAUCGAGAAAAUGUUCUGACAGUUAUAGCUACCAUUCACUUUGGCCUUCAGUUGGAUCUGAUGAUGUCCAGGUAUUCAAGAGAAGCUUUUACAAAACCCUAAUUUUGGACAAACCAAAGUUAUUUCGAGGAGCACAAGCCUGGCUUUCGGCGGAUGAGGUUGUAUUUUUAGACCCAGCUAUUCGAUGCAAUGAUAUUAUUGGAGAGACAGCUUUUAAGUUUGUGUCCGCCGUGCCAAUCAGACCAGGUAGAAAUGUUGUUGAAAUACCACACCAUGUCUUAAUAGCAUUGCAAGAUUGUAAAUGUGACAGUAAAACAAUUAUUUCAGAAGCGAUGAUAAAAGAGGAAGAAUUGAUAUUACAUUUCCUGACAACAUUAGACUCCGUGGAUUGGCAACACCAGUUAGAAGAAAGGAACAAAUUGAUACUGUACGCGUUGAACAUGGAAAGUGAAAAGGUAUUCACAAAGUUACACAAGACGAGAUGCAUACCUUCUGAGCCAAACAAUGUUCUCUGUAGGCCAAAUGAACUUAUCAAUCCUAAGUCAGAUAUAGCCGACAUGUUUGCUGUGGCUGACGGACGAUUUCCAUUAAAGGCAGGCGGGUUUUGUGAGAGCAAAGUGAUUGUACAACUCAUAAACCUAGGUAUGAAUGAUAAGUUUCUUCCAAACGACAUGUUACUACAAAAAUGCAAAUCAAUUGAGGAAUUAUGUACAGUAUGCGGGAGCUGUGCUCAACAAAGAUGUGUCAGAAUUCUCAAAUAUUGUGGAAAAUGGGAAGUGAUCAAAUAUUUAGAAAAAGAUAUUGACACAUUGAACAAGUUAAAGCAUAAACUGUUAUUGCCUGUUCUACCGUCUCCAAGCGGCUGGAAAUUUUCAUGGAAAGGAAACAGUCUAGAAGAACACACAUCAAACGCAAACUGUGAAAAUCAUCAGUACGACGUAGAAACUUGUGUAAGAUUUGAAAAGCCAAUACAUUUGUUCAGGGAACCGUUUCACAACUGCAUUGGCAGUGUCAGUAGCUUUGUAAAUGAAAAAUAUUUGAAAAAGAAAUAUUCCAUGCCCGAACGUUUAUUUAUAGCACUAGGUGUAAAACGCGUGCUAACCGUAGAGCUUCUUCUGCAGCAGCUGACACUAUUGUCUGAUCAGUAUGUUAGUUCAGAGAAGCAGUUUAGCAAUUUGGAGGCGAUAUCUAAAUCGGUUUAUGAAUGGCUUGGGCAGCUAACUGGAGAUAAAUCUGAAGAAGAAAUAUCAAAAAUGCAAUGUUUUCUGAACUCAAGACAGAAAGCGCUUAUAGUUAUUGGUAAAGAACUUGUCAUGCCAUGUAAAGUAGCAUUUCAGGUGAAAAUGGAGUGCUCGCCAGAAUUGUAUUGUCUGAGAGAAUUCGACUUCAAGAAAAAAAAGGUGUUUAAAGCACUUGGAGUGAAAGACAUGUUUUCUGUUGACUAUCUUCUUUCGGUAUUACUACGAUUGUACAAGACAUUUUCCCAGCAUAUAUGCACAGAUAUAGACUUGGCCACAAGUUUGCUGCUUAACUUGUGCGAAAGUAUGAAAUUAGAAGGAGUCACUUACAAUGAUUUGAAAGACAGUGCAGCAAAUAUUGUUGCACCAGAUUCUGACGGGGUUCUUAGGCCAACAAGCGAACUAGUAAUAGAAGAUCCAGCUUACAAGUCUUCUGCUGAUCUUCAUAUUUUACAUGGAAACAUUCCACCAGAUACAGGAAGAGCACUAGGUGUUAAGUCUAAACAAAGGAAAAUAGUAGAAUUCUUUUCAAGCGGAUUCUUUGUACCAUUUGGACAGAACGAGAGUUUAGUAACACGGCUGACUGGCAUAUUGCAAGAUUAUCCAUGUGAUUCAAGUAUCAUGAAAGAAUUAAUUCAGAAUGCUGAUGAUGCAGGUGCAACAGAAAUAUAUUUUAUCAAGAAUUACGCAAGUCAUUCUACAGAGAAGAUAUUUGGUAAGGAGGGACUCCAAGGCCCUUCUCUGUGUAUAUUUAACGAUAGCUAUUUCACUGAAGAAGAUUUCCAUGGCAUCAGAAACCUUGGUAUUGGGAGUAAGCGAGAGGAUCCAUUUAAAACUGGCCAAUAUGGCAUUGGAUUUAAUGCUGUGUACCAUUUGACUGACGUACCGUCUUUUCUCACAAAAGGCCCAGGACUAGGAAAAGGUGGUCAGUUGUGUAUAUUUGAUCCCUUGAUGGAGUAUCUAGAGGGUCAUGUAACAAAUGAAAAUCCAGGUAUUAAAUGUGACGCUGAACUAAUGGAAGAAUCGUUUCCAGAUAUGCUACAUGGUUAUCCUGUUAUAUCAAACAUCGAAACUUCUGGACAGGGUACAAUAUUCAGACUACCCCUGAGGCAGUCCAGGUCAGAUAUUAGUAACAAUGUUGUUUCAGUUGAAAGAAUGGAUGAACUGAUUGAGACUUUUAAAAAUGAUAUGUUUGAGAGUCUACUGUUUUUGAAAAGUAUCAAGAGUAUAAAAGUUUUAAACAACACAAAUGGGAAAUUGAUUGAAGAAUUUGCUGUGGGAACAAAACUUUCAGAGAAAGAUGAUAUCACACGAAAGGAAUACUUUUCCAGCGUAAAGGAAGUGGUUCAAGCCAACAUUGAUGUCCGACAUCUGAACCUUUGCAUGCAGCCAAUAGAAUCAUCGUACAGAAUUGAAAUUGAAGACACGACAGGCAGGAAAGAGCGAUGGUUGAUUGUAAAUAGGUUUGGAAUGAAAAGGACAGACGAAAAAUAUUCUGCUGUCAUAUCUGCUUUGAAAGAAAAAGACAUUGGUCUUAUGCCAGUAGCAUCUGUAGCUUUACUUUGGCCUAAAGACGACUGGAAGAACUGUUUGGACAGAAAAAGCAGUCAGACUCGCAAUAAAGAAGACACUAGAAAUGUUUUCUGUUUCCUCCCUCUUCCUCUACUAACAGGAUUACCUCUUCAUGUUAAUAGCCAUUUCGCAUUAGAUAAGGCCAGGACGAAACUGUGGAACGAAGGAAUAAGAAAAUGUUGGAACGAAUUUGUAAUAGAAGAACUGUUAAGCAGAACAUAUAUAUCAGCUAUACAGUACUUCAAAAAAGAAUUUGUUUCCAAACAUUUGCAUAUGUUAGACAAAAAGGUCUGGCCGGCAGCGUUUGAAAAGUAUCAUGAACAUUUUCCACACUGGGAGAAGGCAACAGAUUCGUUCUGGAAAUCUCUUGUCGGUAAUUUUUAUCGAAUAGUUAUUGGGGAAGAGUUUGAGGUAUUCCCCUCUGUUCGUGCUGCUUCAGUGCAUAACGGCAGUGAUCGACCUCCUGGAGAUGUGCAAGAACAUCAACUGGAUUGGGUAUCGCUUUCUAAAUCAGAGAACGAUUUUAAGGGUACGUUUAAUGUAAUAAGGCCUGGAAAGUCAUUUUACUUAGAAUAUGCGAAGUCCGUUGAAACUACAGUUAAGAAAAUGGGAAUGAAAGUAAUUGAAACACCAUUGUGGGUGAGCAAUUCAAUUAGAACGUCUGGCAUUGAAUAUAUUCCAGCGUGCACUCCAGAAUCGGUCAUUAAGUUUAUAAAAACAUUUGCUGACGGCAAUGAGAGUGUCUGUCAGCUUGGAGGAAUAAAUGUUCCAUUGGCAGAAACUGCGAUAUCCGAUUUAACAGCUCUGCAAAGCAUGCUAUGGUAUGUUAUAAAAGAUAAGUUAUUCAAAGAGAAAGUCGAAGGUCUACCUUUGUGUCUUGCUAACAAUGGUGUACUGCAAAUUUUCAAUAAGCAUGCCCCUAAGUUUUGUUCGGAUAUGUGUGACGGUCUAACUGGAUCAGCUGAUCAGUUUAUACAUUCUCAGUUGGUGCAUCUGGUAGACCGAAGAGAGUACCAUGAAGCAGGAGUAAUAAAAUACUUUGAAGUGACAGAUUUAGUUUCACACUUAGCUAACACAUUUGAUCCCACAAUUUUGGCAACUGGAAGUCACGUGAUAUGGAAUAAGCAGUCCGGUAUUCCUAUAAAACCCGAUAUCCUGAGAAAAAUAUUUCAAUUCAUAUAUGACAAAUCAUUGCAUGCGGAUACAAAACAAAUCAAUCACGAUGUGUUUCAAAGUAACGUUCGAAAGUUGGAUACUUGGUCAUUGAUGCCGUCGUGCCACGGCUAUGGUUCUAAGAGUACAUUUGAGAUUGUGCCUGUUUGCCAAACAUCUCAUCUUUUUCACAGAAGUUUUGGAAACGAUGACUUGUGUAAAAUAAUAGAAAAGUUCAACAUUCCCCACCUUGAUACAUCAGCGUUUCUCGAAAAUGGAAAACAUCUGACAUACGCACUACAAAAACUACUGCCUUCAACUGAACUGCCAGUAGAAUUGCUAGAGUGUUUGUUUUAUUACAGAAAAAGAAUUCAGGCAAGUGCAUUAACCCGGGAAGAAAGUAUAACAGUGUUAAGUUACUUUAAUGACAAAAUAAAUCAAAUGAAGAAAAAACUGAAUGAAAUUGAUUUACGGAACAUGUUUAAAAGCCUCCCUCUCUAUGUGUCUCAUCAGGGGGAAAUUUUAAGCAUAGAAGGAUAUAGUGACAUCGUAGUAUUGCCGUUUGGAAUCCCUAAAGCGGGAAUUCAAGUAUGGGCCCAGUCAACCGGCAUUUUACUUCUCACAGACACAGAAAAACUGCUGAAAUUAUAUCAGUUGUUACAACUUCCUAGAAAGACGGAACUAGAAGUAUAUGUUAAGAAAAUCUUACCAAGUUUCCAUAAACUUCCAAGGAAUACGUGGAUUACUCAUAUCAAGUAUAUGAAGAAGAACCUAUUGAGAACAUCUUUUCAAGAGCAGCUUGAUGAGAAGCAGUGUUUUCUUGUAGAGCAACUAAAAUCUUUAGCGUUUGUCAGACACUUGGAAACAGACAGACGGGUAAAUGAGCUUUACGAUCAUAAUCAUCCCGUUUUCUGUUGUAUGCUAGGUGAAGAUAGUUUUCUGCCACAAGAAUACAGAGGGUAUUCCUGGACCAAAUUUAUGGAACUUUUAGGACUUAUAAAGGAGCCCACCGACGAGAUGUUGAUCAGUUUUGUACAUAUCUUAGAAGCUAAAAUCAAUAACCCUAUCAAUGAUGUGACUAUUAAACAGUCUAUGGCUCUGAUAGAUUGUCUUUUUAACGGACAGUGGACAGAACAAACCUUGACAGGAAUAAAAGGUGUACGAUUUGUUGUACCAUAUAAAGUUGAUUUGGAAAGACUAAAUAUAGCCAGUCAGCCUGGUAAUGGAGAUAUACUUAUUUGCCUGUCUGGGGCGGUAUCGUAUGUACACGCAGAUUACUGUUGGUCAAGUCUUAAUCUCCUUUUGCGUGUUCCUACUUCAGCAGAUAUGUUAAAAAGUCUUGGCAUAUAUGAAUAUCCACCUAUAGACAGUGUUGUUCAGCAUUGUCAGAAUGUGACUGGUGUCUUUGAAAAAGAUCUAGAUAAACAAAUACCUAGCGUUCUUCCUUGCUUCGUAAAAAAACAAAUGGAAUUACUUUAUGAAGCGUUACUUAAACACUUCCAUCCUACGAUGCAACAGAAAUUUCAAGCCACUCCUUUAGUUUUCCAUCCAGAGGACAAAAAAAUGUUGCAAGUCAAACAAAUUGUUAUCAACCUUACAGAAGACGAAGAGGUUAGGCCGUUUUUAUACAAACUGCCAAACUGUUUCGGGCCAUUCGAAGAAUUAUUCGUAAAGCUUGGCUCUCAUGACCGAGUGCUUUGUUCCCAUUACUCAAUGGUCUUAGAGACAAUCAAAGGGCAGUUUGGAAAUGAACCAUUGCCUCCUAACCAGCUACUGUGUGUCAAAAGAGCUCUUGAAAAUAUUGUUAAGCGCAUAGAACCAGAAUCGAAUCCUCUUCAGGAUGUAAACUCAUUGUACAUUCCAAAUCGGAAUCAAGUUCUUGUAAGCUCAAAAUCAUUGACUGUUUCAAACAAUGCUGAUGUGGAAGAACGACUGGACGGAAAAAUAGAAAUCCAGUUUUUCUUAGGAUUUAGAGAAAUGGACAUUGCAUUUGUUUCCGACCCAGUAUUGCCAUUUCUAAAGUGUCCAGAAGACUUGAAACCAGAUAUAUUGACAGAAGUUGUCAAGGAACAAGUUUUAAUCAAUGCUAUAGAGCGAAAAGAGUCUCUACUAGCUCAGAGAAUUGAGGUCUCCUUUAGAUCUCCACUAUUUGUAGAAGGAAUUCUGCGACUAGUAAAACAUCAAAUGAAAUUAAAUGGAAGAAAUUUCAGUCGUGAUAUCGAAAAGUCGUUCAUGUUAAGUCUUACAAAUAUAAAAAUUUCAAAAGUGUCUGGACUCAAAACGUUCCUGACAUAUAAGGGAAAUAAAGUUGAUAGCACUGAUCGAAUUGCCUCUUGCUUCAUUCAGUCACGUGCUGUAACUCAAGACGAUGACGAAACCAAAGAACAUGAGUUAUUUUUUCAAAUGGAUGCGGAACAUGAUCUUUUAGUUCAGUUGAUAGAAGAAGAAAAUGGACUUGUAAAAUUAAUAGACACAUGUACCGAGGAAAUACUUGAAAAACAAUUAUCACAGCAUAUUCCGUCGAUCCUUCGUUUGCUCGAAAAGCCCUCAGAAAUAAAACAAAAACUAGAUCGAUUAAGAAUUGAUGCUUAUGACCUUCCACAGGCUUUAACCAUAUCAGUUUUUCCUAGGCCCGGAACUUAUGUAGAGGACAAAUUUCACCCAUUUUUAGAGCAAAGCAUUUCACCGAUAAAGACUCACGAAUUUAUGUAUGUUGCUCUUGAAAUUGAAGACGAAGAUGAUUCCGGUGACCCAGUUUAUAUAUAUGCUCAUAUAACAAGCGAAAAUAUGAGAGGUCCAGAGCAGUCUGUUUUAAGUAUUACGUACAAGGUUGACGUUGGAUACCGCAGUGAUGGAUUUGUAACUGUACCGAUAUAUCGUCUGUACAGAUUCAAACCUAAACAGCCAGAGGAAAUAAAUGCAUUAGAGCAUUAUGACAUUGAAACUAUAGGAUCUAUUCCUAUUGACGAAAAUUUCCGCCUUGUAAGGCAAAUGCUAAUUGACGGAUGGUCUUUGAAUGCAACGGAGCGAAAGAGAAUAAUACGUCGCUGUUUAACUAGAUGGCAUCCGGAUAGAAACAUGGAUCAUCGGGAAUAUGCUGAACGGCUCUUCAACUAUAUAAAUGAAAUUGUGGUAAAACUAGAAAACAAUGAGAUAAUUAAUAACACUAUUACACAUGACACGGGGAGAAUGCCGCCAGAUAUGUCCCUCUCAUCAUUUGCGUCAGCAAGCUCCGCUGCUUACAACAGAGGCUGUAGGUAUGCUGCAGCUUUUCACAACAACAUGCGCGACUAUAACAGAUCGACACGAACAGGGAUUUUUGCACAUCAUAAAGCAGAAGAAGCAGUCGUGCGUCAUGUCGGGGAAGCGAAAAGGUGGCACCGGCAAGCAGUACAGGAUAUUAAAGCUGCCGAGAGUAAUGUUAACACUGGAGAGCAAGAUCAGAGUUUUAACUGGGUGUGUUACAAGUGUCACCAGGCUUCAGAAAAAGCACUGAAAGCAGCAUGGUUUGCAAAGGAUGCAAACAGGGUAACCACACGAGAACAUUCUCUAACAGCGAUUGCAAACUGUCUAGAUGAUGGAGCUUUUCUAGUUGAGGCUAGUAGUUUAGAAGGUAUUACUGGAGAUUGCUCAUGCAUGCAAUACCCAGACCCUGUUGCUGGACUCCAUCAGAUACCUUCGGAAAUAUUUGAUCGUACAAAGGCCAAACAGGCAAUUAAAGUCACAAAGAGAAUACUAGAAAUGGCAUCAGAUUUCAUCGCAUAGACUUGAAGAAACACAGUAUUAUACUACAUUACGAAUAUUACAACGUGACCUAUAUAGUUGUAAAUAAUUUUGCAUUGUAAUUGAAAUCAAAAUGAAUAUCCUCCGUACACAUUUGGAUGAAAGUACAGAUGAAUAACAUUUUUGCAUGCGGUAACUCUGCAUAAUAUUACAUAGAAUACAAGCUGCAUGUUUUUAACCUUUGGGUUAAACCAGUUCAUUUAACAUUUAUGAAUAUUCAAUAUGUAAUUGUAUAUAUAAAGUGUUAUUGGAAGUACCGUUUGUGCGAAUGUCACAGGAUGAGAAAAGUGUGCAGUCUUUCCGAGGCUCGAACCCG